AUGCGCGGAAUACUAUUUCGAAACCUCGCAGCAGGCCUGCUCUGGUCUGACUGGGCCAAGGCAACCAAGUUCAAAGAGUACAUUUUGGCCCCGGAAGACCGCUCCGUGAAGUGUGCUUCUUUGUUUGCCACUAACGGCGACGUCAAGAACCCCGAUACACUUUGUACCGGCAUCCACAAUUCUGAGGGUGUAGUCUUGGGUAGCAACUCCUCUAUCACCCUUGAUUUCGGCAAGAAUAUAGCUGGUACUGUCGAUUUCGAUAUCCGCUCUGUCUCUGGUUCGAAUGAAUACAUUGGUUUCAGUUUCACCGAAAGCUCCAUGUGGAUUAGCCCAUACCACUGCGACUCAGCGGCAAGUGGGACAUUCGACAGCCCGUUGUGGUUCAAGAUUCCCCACAAAGGGCAGUAUCAUGCUGAUAAGUAUCAUCAACGCGGUGGAUUUCGAUAUAUGAGCAUCUGGCACAAUUCUACCGGAACCGUUUCCUUGGGCGAUUUAUCAGUGAACUUUACUGCAUCGCCAGAGAUGGAGAAUCUAAGAAACUACCAAGGUUACUUCAAUAGCGAUAACGAAAAGUUGAACCGUGUCUGGUACGCGGGUGCGUAUACCAAUCAACUGUGCACUGCCGAUCCGGCUACGGGAAAUGCCCUGAGUGUUUCUGGCACUAAUUGGUACUUCAAUUCCACCAUUGCUAAUGGUACCUCGGUCCUCAUGGAUGGGGCGAAGAGAGACAGGCUGGUUUGGCCUGGCGACGUCGUUAUUUCUGCUCCAUCUGUGUUCGUUUCCACCAACAACCUAGACGGUAUCAAAAACGCAAUCGAUUCUUUGUUCAUCCUCCAGCAGCCCGAUGGACAAUUGCCCUGGGCAGGGACCCCAUUCACGAGCCCCGGUAACUUUCCCUUCAGCUUUACCUACCAUCUGUACACGCUACAAGACCUCCACCUUUACUAUCUAUAUACGGGAGACAUCGAUUACUUAGCCCGAUAUUGGAAUCAAUACAAGCGGGCCAUCUCUUGGAGUGUAGGGACCAUUGAUGACUCUGGCAUGGCAAACGUUACGAGUUCCAAUGACUGGUUGCGAUCCGGUAUGGGAGGCCACAAUGUCGAGGCCAACGCAAUCCUAUACUAUACUCUGGAUAUCAGCCUACAGCUUGCAAAUGCGCUUGGUGACCAUAGCCUGGACAAUGUCUGGAGAUCAGCCAUGCAUGGAAUCAAAGCUGCCGUGAACGAACGACUCUGGGAUCCUACCCAAGAUCUUUUCUUCGACAACGACGUCAAUCAAACCGCGGCUGCCAUCCACCCGCAAGAUGGUAACUCAUGGGUCAUCAUGGCCGGUCUUGUCGAGGCCAAGCGAGCUGCCGAUAUCAGCGCGGCCCUCCAAAACCGGUGGAUCAGGCCCUACGGUGCUCCGGCGCCAGAGGCCGGAGCCACUAUCUCGCCGUUUGCGAGCGGGUUCGAAGUACAGGCACACUUCCUGGCGGGAUUUCCCGAGCGCUCCAUUGAUCUCAUUGAGUUCAUGUGGGCCGACUUUAUGCUCGACGAUCCACGAAUGACCAAUAGUAGCCUGAUCGAGGGUUACUCUACGAACGGAGAUUUACACUAUGCGCCGUAUAGUAACGACGCUCGAAUCAGUCACGCCCACGGCUGGGCCACCAGCCCGACAUCAAGUCUGACUUUCUACGCUGCCGGCUUGCAGAUCGUCUCGGCGGCAGGAAAGAAAUGGAAAGCGCAACCUCGCCUUGGAGGUCUGAAACGAGUCGAAAGUGGUUAUCAGACCCCGCUGGGACAGUUUUCUGCCCUUUGGAAGACCGACGGUAGUAACGGCACCGUGACUGGGGCUUUCAAGACGCCCAGUGGGACAUCAGGGACAUUGAUCUUGUCUAGCGCGCCGGAAAAUUUGGUUGUGCGGAGACCCAGUGGUAUUGUUACACCUACUUCAUCUACGGACGGGUUGACCUAUGAGGACCUGCCAGGAGGCCACUACAGCGUCCGCUUAAAGUAG